CGACAGUGGAACAACUUAUUUAGACAUUCCACCCUUGCGAAUAACACCACAUACGUCGUAGUAUUUAUUGAAGUUUACAAUACAUCUCAUUAUGCACCAUAUAGACAAGACAUCACCCACAAAAUUCCAUGUAGGCAGCACGACUAUGAAAACUUUUUGGCAACUCUGCUUAUGACAAAAGCAAUUCGCACACCUGCAUUAGUUGUAAGAGCAUUUAAUGUUGAAGUGGCAAGAGUUCAGGAUCAAACGAGUGAUCCACAGACGGCAGCUUUCAGAGUUCAUUUCUGGCUGGAUAUACUAAAUGACAUCUAUAAAAAGGAACAGAAUAUUAGCAAUAUACCUGCCAAUCCUGUUGCAAAAGAAUUGUUUAAGAUAUGUAAAUGUUAUAAUCUACCAAAGAGACAUUUAGAGAAGCUAGUGUUAUCAAGAAGCAGUUUAUUAAAAUCAAGGUACUUUAGAACAUUAGAAGACAUUGAAAAAUAUGCUGAUGAUACAGUGUCCUCAAUAUAUCACCUGCUGCUUGCCGUUGCCGGAGUAACUGAUAUACAUGCAGACCAUGCUGCAUCACACUUGGGAAAAUCACAAGGGUUAACUAAUAUACUAAGAUCAGUCCAUGUUUCAAAUCAUCAUAAAAUGGUAACUCUACCUAUGGAUAUUCUGAUGAAGAACAAACUCAGUCAGGAAGAGGUGUUGAGGGAGAAAGACAGUGAAGAGAUGAGAAAUGUUGUAUUUGAAGUUGCCAGUAGAGCUUAUAGUCAUUUAGAAAAGGCAAGAAAAAUUCAAACACCAAAAAUAACAAAUCAAAUAUUUCUACCAGCAACUGCUGUUGACUUUUACUUGAACAAACUGCAGAAGAAUAAUUUCAAUAUAUUUGACAAAUCAUUACAUCAAGGUAAUGCGACUUUACCUUUCAAACUCUACUAUAAUAGAUUGGUUAAUAAAUAUUAA